AUGGGAUGCAUUGCUACAGAAGAAGUUUUCAAAUGGUUAACUAAUAACCCAAAAAUUGUUAAUGCUUCAACAAUAAUUUGCAGAAUCAUGGAUGAUAUUGUUUCCAACGAGUUUGAGCAGAAGAGAGGGCAUGGUGCCUCUUCUAUUGAGUGUUACAUGAGUCAACAUGGUGUAACUAGAGAAGAUGCAAUUAAUGAACUUUCAAGACAAGUUACAAAUGCUUGGAAGGAUAUCAAUGAGGAACUUCUUGAUUCAACUAAAGUGCCAAAGCCUCUACUUAUGCGUGUUCUCAAUUUAUCACGUGUCAUUCAUGUGCUUUACAAAGAUGAAGAUUGCUACACUAAUUCCCAAGGAUCAACAAAGAAUGACAUAAUAUCUAUCUUGAUGAAUCCAUGUCCAAUAUGA